UUUUCGGUUUCAGUUUGUCGACACUGAGCUGUGAGCCACUGUGCGUCUUUGUUUGAUUCUCUGUAGCAACCAACACACUCCACAGGCAGGAGGCCCCCGACCUCAGUCCUCAGUCCUCAGCCUGCAGCCUUCAGAAGGAGCAACAUGGAGACGUACGCCCCCAAACUCAGCAAAGCUCUGCUGACACCUGAUCCACAUUAUAUUCCGGGGUAUUCAGGGUAUUGCCCACAGCUGAAGUUUAGCAUGGGGAAGACUUACAGCCAGCACACGGCCGAGCUGCUGAGCAGUCCUGAUGUGAAACACUCCAGUCGCCUGGUCCUCCACACGGGUCACUCUCCUUCCACCGACACAGCUGCUCUGACACUGAGAAGCAUCCCCGACGGUAACCUGAAGAAGGUGAUACCUGGAUACACAGGUUUCAUCCCAAGGAGUCAGAACUACUUUUCCCGCAGCUUCUCUGACAUCUGCUUUAAAGCUCAGGCUGAGUUUCACCAGGAAAGAGAAGCGAGGAACCUGCAGCGAUCAACAGAGCUGCCGCUUGUUUUCACCUCCACCAACCGACAGUUUGAAAGACCAAAACGCUCCCUGACAGCCAACAAGAUGGUCUCCUUCAAGCCGUCCUUCACCCCCGUCACCAUUUCACCGUAUUUAAUGGACGAUGAUAACCAGCACAAGCACUUUAUUUCAGGUUUUACGGGGCACGUGCCAAAGUCCCGUUUCCUGAUGGGUAAAGGUUACCCCAUCAUCACCAACGAGGCACUGAUCAAGUUUGGAAAGCAGCAGCGGAGUGACCCCACGUCCCAGGAGAUCCUGAGGAGGGACAGUACAACACCUCCCAUGCCAACCAUCUACCAAUCAAAAAGCGGUGCAGUGCCAUCAUUCACGGGACACAUCCCAGGAAACAAGUUCAUGUUCGGACACACCUUUGGUCAGAUUUCCCGGGAAGCGCUGGAAAGGUUCCGCAUCGAGAGGCUCCUUCGAGAAAAGUCCUAAAACUGUUGUACACUUCAAUCUAAUGAUCAUAACCGGCAUGAUGGAAAUCUACUAAUUUAUCAGGGUCUUCACAUUUACACAAGAGCAUCUCAGGGGCCCCAGGCAAAAGGGACCUGUGGGGUCCUACAUCAAACCAAACCAAGUAACACAUUAUACAUGAUACACAUUCUCAUCCUCUAAAAUGUGGAUGUGUUUGGCAGAAAGCUAGUGGCACGGGGUCUUGUUAGGGAGGUUCUGAUCAUGGUGCAAUUGCAAGAAUUUAAGGGGUUUCUCAGAAAGUGGUUGUUACCAUGAAUCAGCCUUCCUGAGGGGGCCACCUCCAAGCUCAGGGG